CGCCUUCAGCACUGACUUUAUGCUCUGUUCCAGUGGGGCCUGUGGGUUAGCCUGUGUCAUCUCAUCUCGUCUAUGAUGCCCCUUCAUGACUCUUUGGCCUCCCUCUGCCACCGAGAGGAAGGAUGGAGCUUCUCCUUGGGCUCUGUGCUCUUUUCCAACUAUUUAUCGUCUCCUCCGGCCUCUGUGGCUUUCGUCACCUGCUGCCCAAGCUGGCUGAAGCCAUGCCAAAAAAGAAUGCAACUGUGGAAGCACCGUGGUUAGUGAACAUCUAUGGCAAUGGCCAGAGGUGCCAAGGAGUGGUCCUGAGCAGCUGGUGGGUGCUGACCGCAGCCAACUGCUUCCUGUCAAUGUCGCCGAGCCAUGUAGAAUUGACCGGGGCUCAUGGGAGUAUUAACACUCAGUCGGUGAGCCAAUUCAUGCCACACAAAGGCUUCAGUACCUGGGAUACAGAGCCUAACAAUGACCUGGGACUCCUUCUGCUUAGCCAGCCACUUGAUUUAAGAACGAAAGAUAUGUGGCCAGCUUGUGUCCCCAAAGAAGAAAAAGCUGACAACACACAAGAGGAGUGUAGGAUUUUUGAACGAAGCCAGGACGAAUCGACACUGAAAGAAAUUGAAGUGGAUGCUUUGAUGACAUCAAAAUGUGUCAAACGCUGGCCUGGAACAACAGAAAAACUGAACUUGUGUGUUGCAAGAAAGAACUCUGACCAAACUGAUUGCAGGGUGCCCAUAGGCAGUCCUGUGAUCUGUCAUAACCCGGACAACAAGCACUGGGAAGUAAUGGGCAUGGUGAGUCGGAGCUUGCGUAAGUGCACUGCUCCUAUCUUGGCUUCCAAAGUUUUAACACAUCUGGAGUGGUUGAAGAAAGAAAAAGCAGUAGAGGAUCCUCUCAAUCCACGACUUGAUGAUAACAACCAGUCAUCUGCUCCAGAAGAAGAAGAAUUGUCUCCAACUGCUGGACAAGCUGUAACAUUCCCAACAGGAUUGAUCUAUAAACCAAGAUCCCAGGAACCUUCGGCAGCUUUAGAAGUGCCAGUAUCGCUCCCAGAUGCAGAACCAACACCUGUACAUCCCAGAAAAGCAACAAAGCCUUCCUCGACUGCCAAUAAUGUUAUUUUAGUAGCAUCUCCAUCCAUCCAGCGAUCAUCACACAUUGCUCCCACAAGAACCAAAACAUCAAGGCGAAAAACAUCAGCUUCAGUACCCUCCACAUCUGAACAGCCGUCAGUUGUACAGUCCACGGAAACACAGCAGUCAUCGCCUGUAGUCUCUUCCACAGCCGAAGAAACAUCUGCAGCACCCACAACAGUCGGAAAAUCUACAGCAGAACAACAGACAUCAGCUGUUGCCUCUUCAACAACCAACCAAACACCUACAACAUCUACAACACUUCAAACAUCUACAACAACGCAACAGACCUCCACAACAGAACAGCAGCCAUCCACAACACAGCAGCCAUCAACAGUCUCUUCCACAACUAAACAAACAACGGCAGGACCAACAACAAAACGCCCACCCCAAACUUCCCCAACAUUCAGACCACCGCAUAUAAUAAUAAUACCUGCUACCACCCCAAAGCCUUUGCCACCUCCAGAUCAUGUUCAUUACAUUGUUGUAGAUCCUCAGUUCCCCAAGAACAAACGUGAAGAAAGCCCAUCUCCUGACCCUUCUGUAGCAUUACGUGGCCCAUCUAGUAUGGAGGUGUCCUUUAUUCCCCACUUUGGACUCCCUGUGCAGGUGAAGCUCCACCAGUGUGAGAUGGGAUUGGCCUGGAAUAGCAACUCCCAUACAUACCAGCUUAACAAGAUGGCAGUUCUGAUAGAUCGCAAAAUUGGAUGUGGGCUGCGGCCUGGUUUUGUGCCGAAAUGCCCCAGCUGCUCUGAGGCAGAGAUGGGUGAGUUCCCCUGGAUUGUUUCCCUAAGACUGUCCAUCCAACACUUCUGUGCUGGCUCCAUUCUCAACCCUUGGUGGAUUUUAACCACAGCCAACUGUGCCAACCUGAUAAAGAAUUCAGAGACUUUGGCGCUGGUGCAGGCUGGGCAGGUAGAUGCCUCCAAGGCAAGCUACUCCGUCCAGAUCCGCCAAGCUCUGACUCACCCUGGUUCACUGGAGCAGCAGGAUCUUCACAACUUGGGGCUUUUGGAACUGGAGGAACCACUGGAAUUUGGGCCCCUUGUUGGACCCAUCUGUCUCUUAGACAAGGCGGAUACAAUGGCUAAUUUCAGAGACUGUUGGCUGCCAGGCUGGACUAUGCUGGAUGGAGGUCCUACUGUGCUGUUGAAGCAUCAUUUAGACAUCCUGAACAUCAGCAAGUGCAGCCAGCUUGGGGACCAGCUCCCCAAUGCUACCUUUUGCAUCAAUGCCCAGGUGGGCCAGGAAGGAAUCUGCAAGGGUGAUGUGGGCUCUCCACUGAUCUGUUCUGACCCCAAGGGUGGGGCAUGGCUUCAGCUGGGGGUAUUAAGCAGCUUCGAUGAAGCUUGCUCCCAUCCCUAUGUGUUCAGCAGCCUGCCCUUCUACUUGCCCUGGCUGAAGAGGGCCACAAAGGCUGCUGGGCAUCGUUACAACCUCUUUGUCCCUUGGGAACGGCUGGGCGCUGCAAAUAAUCUUCGUCUGCUAAGGCAACCAGAGUGUGAGUAGCAGCUUAAUGAUUGAUCUGAUUUAGUACCAUCUCCCUAG